UUAGUAAACUCUACCUGAGUGAUGUCACCGCUUCUUCCUCUCUUAAUACAAUCACCUGAUAAUGCAUCAACACCUCGUCAUAACUCUUCUCGUCUGCGCACCUUCCCAGGAAGAUGAUGUGGAUGUUCGACAAGCUGCAUCACUUCCAGUGAAAGAAAAAAAAUGAGGACUAUUCUCAUGAAGUCCCUGCGCCCUCCUCCAUGUUUCUCUUUUUUUUCCUCUCAGGAGGAGGAGGAGGAGGAGGAGUAGUGGGGGGUGGGGUGAGCGUGCGCCCUCGGCAGACAGUCAAGCGCAGAAGACACAGGACGGGCUCAUCCGCUCGCCUCCCCAUUGACGUCAGUCCGGUAUCACAUGAACCACAGCGGACCAAUCGGCGCUGCGCUGCCGGAGAGAGAGAGCUGGCUCCUUUACACCGAGAUAGAUAGGGGGAGAAAAGAAAAGACUGAAUAAAAGGAAACCGUGCCAGUGAAGCCUGUAAUGACCACCAAACGCCGCGGAGGAGCAUAGACACGGCCGCCAUUGGAUAUUUUAGACCGUUUUCUUCUUCUUCUUCUUCCCGUCCGUCUCUCGCUGUGGAUUAUUGUGUUUUUACGCACACUGGAGGCGGACGGAGUGGAUAAGGCCAUGGCCCUAACAUACUGAAUAGCUCGCUGUUGGUGCUGGUGGUGGUGUUGGGAGGUGGAGGAUACGAGACGAGUACCGUGGAGACAAUAUCUGGGGAGGAAAAUGGUGGAUUAUAUCAUAAAAAGCUUCCCUUGUCUGGAUAUCCUGCCGUAAGACGCUGUUUCGUGGCGUUUCUUCUCGUGUCUCAGGUCGUGUUGUAGCGGUCGGUAGGUAGGUAACCCCCACUCCUCCUCUCCAAACGACCUUAUCCAUUUCUAUUCCUCCACAUACAUGUAGGAUUCUUUGUGUCGUUUCGACGCGUAAAGCCUCCCCGUCACCGAGAGGAACAUUUGGAGACAAUAAAGUGUUGGAUUACUGCGUUAUGGAUUUCACCAGCGGUGGUGGAGGUGGAGGCGGAGGAGCCAACGAGCUGCACAACAACCAGUUCUAUCAGUGCGAGGAGAACAAGCCUCUGCUGGGGGAGAUGUCGGUGUCGGUGUCGGAGGGCAACAACAACACCAAGCUGAGCGCGGGGCCGUGCAAGAGGAGCCUGCACCACUGCAGCAGCAGCGGCAUGCGCUACAAGCUGCUGCACGAGGGCGACAUCCAGGUGUGCGUGGUCAAACAUCCGCGCACCUUCCUCAGCAAGAUCCUCACCUCCAAGUUCCUGCGGAGGUGGGAGCCGCACCACCUCACGCUCACCGACAGCAGCCUCACCUCGGCCACUCCCACCGGCUACAUGGAGACGUCAUUGUCCUACAGCUCCAUAGAGGACCUGCAGCUCCUCUCAUGGGACAAUGCUCCAAAGUACUGUGUCCAGCUCAGCUUCCCUGGAGGCACCGUCCUGCUGCAGGCUGCAAACAGCUACUUAAGGGACCAGUGGUUUCACUCCUUGCAGUGGAAGAAAAAGAUCUACAAGUACCGUAAGGUCCUGAACAACCCGAGUCGCUGGGACGUGGUGCUGAAGGAGAUCAGAGCGCUGGUGGACAUGGCUCUGACCUCACCGCUGCAGGAUGAGUCCAUCCACCAGUCUCCUCUGCACAUCAUCUCCACCCUGCUGGCUGAGAACUCUAAUCUCAGCACUCAGGAUCAUGAGAACAUCAUUGUGGCCAUUGCUCCUCUUCUGGAAAACAACCACCCACCACCUGACCUGUGUGAGUUCUUCUGCAAGCACUGUCGGGAGCGGCCGCGGUCGAUGGUCGUGAUUGAAGUGUUCACUCCUGUGGUCCAGAGAAUCCUCAAGCAUAACAUGGAUUUUGGAAAGUGCCCUCGACUGCGUCUCUUCACUCAGGAGUACAUUCUGGCUCUCAACGAGCUGAACGCUGGGAUGGAGGUCGUCAAGAAGUUCGUCCACAGCAUGCACGGGCCAACAGGGCAGUGCCCUCACCCACGUGUCCUGCCAAACCUGGUGGCGGUGUGUCUCGCUGCCAUUUAUUCCUGUUAUGAGGAGUUCAUCAACAGUCGGGAUAACUCCCCCAGCCUGAAGGAGAUCCGAAAUGGCUGCCAGCAGCAGAACGAACGCAAGCCCCCGAUGCCGCUCCGUCUGCUCCGCCCCGAGCCUCCGACACCACCUCCUGCCACCCUCCUACCCCUUUCCGCCAACCCCAGUCCUCCCCAGCCACCUCCCACCGCCCCCUCAAACCCGGCCCCGUCCAUUCCCAUCUCCUCCCCAACGCCAUCCCUGCCCCUCUCCCCUCCUCCCUCCGUCGUCAACUCCAGCGAGAUCCUGGUGGAGCUGGAGCGAAACAACAACUCGGCCAACGCCAGGCGGAAGGGCGGGCCUUCGGGCGGCGACAGCGAACCCAACCUCAUCGACUGUCUGCUGGUUAGCCCGGCCGUCAACACUCUGUCCAUCCAGCUGCCGGCGCAGGCUGACCGAGUGCUGGGCUGCUUCGCUCUCAUCCUCAAGAUGCUGUCGGACUACGAUGACUGGAGACCUGCUCUUGCCAGCUUGCUGCAGCCCAUCCCCUUCCCUAAAGAGGCCCUUGCACAUGCCAAAUUCACAAAGGAACUGAAAUAUGUUAUUCAGAGGUUUGCGGAGGACCCGAGGCAGGAGGUCCAUUCCUGCCUACUCAGUGUGCGUUCAGGUAAAGAUGGCUGGUUCCAGCUCUACAGUCCAGGAGGCGUGGCCUGUGAUGACGAUGGAGAGCUGUUUGCCAGUAUGGUUCAUAUCUUGAUGGGCUCCUGCUACAAGACCAAGAAGUUCCUGCUCUCGCUGGCUGAAAACAAGCUGGGUCCCUGCAUGCUGCUGGCCCUGCGUGGAAACCAGACCAUGGUGGAGAUCCUUUGUCUGAUGCUGGAGUACAACAUCAUUGAGAACAAAGACACCCAGCUGCAGAUCAUCUCCACCCUGGAGAGCACCCAGGUGGGCCUCCGCAUGUACGAGCAGCUCUGCGACCGACAGAGAGAGCUCAAAGAACUGCAAAGGAAAGGAGGCCCCACCCGGCUGACUCUGCCCUCAAAGUCCACGGAUGCAGACCUGGCCCGCCUGUUGAGUUCAGGUUCUUUUGGGAACUUGGAGAACCUGAGCCUGGCCUUCACCAAUGUCACCAGUGCCUGUGCCGAGCAACUCAUCAAGCUGCCUUCGCUCAAACAGCUCAACCUCUGGUCCACACAGUUUGGGGAUGCAGGGUUAAGGUUGCUAUCCGAACAUCUGGCCUGUCUUCAGGUUUUGAACCUGUGUGAGACUCCCGUCACUGAUGCUGGUCUGCUGGCACUCAGUUCCAUGAAGAGUCUGUGCAGUCUGAAUAUGAACAGCACCAAGCUCACAGCUGACACAUAUGAGGACCUCAAGGCCAAACUGCCCAACCUGAAAGACGUUGAUGUUCGGUACACCGAGGCCUGGUGAUCAACCAUGCUCACACAACCCUCAUACAUAACCAGACACACACACAAACAUAUGCACACACUGCACACAGGCUCAGAUACAUUACAUGCAAAAGGUGUAGUGAUGUCAUCUCCAUCGUUGCCCAUCAUUAGACCAGGAACUCAUCGUCCCAGCGUGAGGAUCACCUGAUGUAACAAGAACAUCUCUGACGCAUUUACAUCAGAGGCGGAGCCUCGCCGACCCCCGUAGUGACACCAUCACCAGGAGGGAACUGUCUAGUCAGCAUCACUUUUUUUUCUAAAUGAGAAAUCUUUGUGGACCUCGCCGCUCCCCUUACCUCUGUCUCCAAUGUUCCAAGGACCUUGUGAUCAGAGGACAUGCAAGGAGUCGUUAUAUGGUGACAUAAGUGACAUUUUUCUCCCUCUGUCUUUAUCUUUUGCCCUGUGUUUCAUAUUACGGUCUCUCAGUUUUCAUAUUUAGUCAAAGUCCAGCUCUCCAGCCGUUGCCCUCCCGGCUCUGUGUGUCUGUGUCGUGAGGAAAACCUGAGCCUUCCUCUCUUUUUCUCUCUCCUGCCCUCGCGCAACGAAGGCUGGAUACAGCAGCUCACACUCCAGCUCUUCUCCAAUCCGAUCCGCAAUGUAGCUCUCCAAACAAGACGUGUUGAACUGUUAAUCACUUCGGUCCUCACUCUCGCGCUCUUUUGGCUUCAGUUUUCAGGUUCCGAUUCCGGUCUUUUCAAGUCUUUCAUUUGGGAAAAUGAGGUGCUACCUCUGAGAAAGGAAGAGUUGCAAGACUGUGCCUAUUCCUCUUAACACGACACGUUCACACACACACACACACACACACACACACACACAAAAAAAGGAAAAAAAAAAGUUUUUAUCAACAUAUUUUUCCAGACAUCUGUGCUUUCAUAUAUUGUGUGUUUCUAUAUAAAACAUAUAUAUGAAGAUAACCCCCCCCCCCCCCAUUGAUGACAUUUCAGAAACAUUUCGGGAACUCUGCAGGAAAGUUAAACGGCGAUUGCAACAUCUGUUCCUUUUUCAUUUGUUUUCAGUGUACAUACUGAUGAUCUCCCAUUACUAUUUAAUAGGACAGUUGUGUAGCAGUAGCUGGGCGGUCUGGGACUGCCUGAUAUUUAUAAGUUGUGUCUUUAAAGCCUCGUUUACUCUGUCUCUCCUGGAUUAUUAUGUCCAGACAGUAAUGAAGUACACAGGCCCUGUUGUCUUUUUUUUUUUUUUUUUUUUUCUAACAUACAACACAAGAAGCCAACCAAGAGGGCACCCAUACAGUACGUGGAUCUCUCUGUACCACCAUGCCAUGGUGGUUAUGUAGACCUGUAAAGUGGACUGCAGUAAUUCUGAAGUGGACCUGUAAAACAAGACACAUCACCAGCUGAGAGUUGUCUAUUUUCAUAUCCUCUGCUAUUUUUUUGGCUCUUUUCGAAACGGUUAUGAAAAGAAGAAGAAGAAAGGACACUUGCCAAACGUUUGUCAUCGAAUUUCGUUUUUUGUUUUGUGCACUUGUUUCUUCAGGCCAACAUGUGUGUGGUUUCAGUACUGAUUGGUGUAUCAAGUGGAAACCUGCCUGUGGAGUGACACUGACACUGUUUUGGGUUCACAUCUCUGAUCCCCCCUGCUGAGGUCAGGGUGAAGAGUCACAGUGCCUCUAAGUAGAGCUGUGGAUGAGUUGUUAUCUUUCUAUCUGUCAUACCACAUGUUUUGAAUUGUUCUGCUGUAUUUAUAUCACGCCAUAAUACGUGAGUGACAUUUUUAGGCUGUUGGGGAUGAAUAAUUCUCAUCAAAGGAUGGGACAAAAUUAUUGUACAUAUUCUUUCACAUUGGGCUAUAAGGGACAAACGAUUGGAAAAAGGCACCUUUCGGCCAUAUUUGCCUGUCUACAUUCCCUCAAAAUGUUGCCUGUUUAUUGUGGCAACAUUUUCAUAUGAUGUGGUAACUGCCCUGACACGCUUUCAGUCUGUCAGAAUCUCUUUUUCCUCUCUUGUCUAGAUGUGGUGUGGUUUACUUUCUCUCGGCCCUAGAAAACACAAGACAAGUCCGAUUUCCACCCCUUCUUCCAGUCAGCCUCGCUCUGACUGCAUCCAUCCAUCUUAUUUAUUCGUGUCGACCUCCAGAAUGCUCGGGAUGUUUGUUGAAUUAAGGCAGAAGCUACAGCAGAGGACAGGAUGCCGUCCGCUAUGAGAGGCUUUGUUUCCUAUUUAUUGGGUGCCAUGACAGUUUUCGGUUUGGCCCGUAGACUCGGUUUGUGUACGGGCCAUCUUUGGGUCUGGCUUUAGGACCUCGUGCUCUCUUUCAUAUCCUGUAUGAUGUAUAUACAAGUGUAUAUAGUCGUCUCCUCCCUUCCUCUCUUUGAACCAUUUUUGAAUCCCCCCACCCCCAUCCGUUUUGUCUUAUUCAUCCCUUUUCUGUAUUUCUCUCAGCCUCCCUUUAUUGGCAGGCUGGUGUUGCCUUCAUUUUAUGUGUGUGUGUGCGUGCGUGCGUGCGUGUGUGUGUGUGUGUGUUUUUUUCACACAAAGUGCACUGUAAUCUAACAACUUUUGUUUUCGUAAUAUCUUUUUAAGUUUCCAACUUCUUUGAUUUGAUCAUUUUAAUCAAACAUUUGUUUCCUGUGUUAAUUUUCUUUUUUUUGCAUGUACAUGUUGCCGCGUCAUCUGGUAUUUUUAUUUUGUAAUUUUUUUGUAAAAGGUUUGAAAUAUGAUAAAGGGUCUGAUCACUAUGUCACUGAGGUUAAGGACUGAAAUGGAGAGAUCCCAUCUAACUAUUUUCUGAUUGGUUGUUGCCAGGAUCUACCCCGUGAGUCUUGACGGAUCCUAUUGGUCGAGGCAGUUAUAGGGUUUGAUUGAUAUUGAUUUUCUAAAAAGCCAAUAUCAAUACUGGUACUGUUGGACUGAAGCUGGCCCCAGCUGAGCUUUAAUCAUCUAAGUUUGUCCAUUUUCAUAUUAAAAAAUGCAAAUAUU